AUGGUGUUAUCAGCUGUGUUUAUUACCGAUUUAAAAGGUAAAUCCAUUGUAUCACGUAAUUAUCGUGGAGAUAUUCCAAUGUCUGCCUCGUCCAAGUUUACCCAUUAUGUACAAGAUAAAGACGAUUCAGAGCAACGUCCUGUUUUCACCGAGGACGGUUACACUUUUGUGUAUCUAAAGCAUAAUAAUCUCUAUCUCAUGACUGUAACCAAGACAAAUUCAAAUGUAGCACUCAUGCUCAUGUAUUUGACACGUAUUUGUCAAGUAUUUCGUGAUUAUUUUGGUGAAUUAGAAGAAGAAAGUAUACGUGAUAAUUUUGUCAUUAUCUUUGAAUUACUGGAUGAAACAAUGGAUCAUGGCUAUCCUCAGACCACCGAAGCUCGUAUAUUACGAGAAUAUAUUACACAGGAAGGACACCGAUUGGAAGCCGCACCACGUCCACCAACAGCUCUAACCAAUGCUGUUUCAUGGCGUAGUGAAGGAAUCAAGCAUCGUAAGAAUGAGAUUUUUCUUGAUGUGGUGGAAAAAUUAAAUUUACUUGUAUCAAGUAAUGGGACAGUACUGCAUUCGGAGAUUAUUGGAGCUGUCAAGAUGAAGAGUUUUCUAUCAGGAAUGCCAGAAUUGAAAUUAGGACUGAAUGAUAAAGCACUUUUUGAAGCAACAGGUCGAUCAUCUACGAAAGGAAAAGCAGUGGAAAUGGAAGAUAUUAAAUUUCAUCAAUGUGUACGACUUGCUCGCUUUGAAUCGGAUCGAACGAUCUCGUUUAUUCCACCCGAUGGAGAAUUUGAUCUAAUGACGUAUCGGUUGGCUACGCACGUGAAGCCACUCAUUUGGGUUGAAGCUGUUGUCGAACCACACUCGCGCUCACGUAUUGAGUACAUGGUCAAGGCCAAGUCACAGUUUAAGAGUCGUAGUAUUGCAAACAAUGUAAAGAUUGUGAUUCCUGUGCCUCCUGAUGUUGACUCGCCCAGCUUCAAGUGUAGCAUUGGCUCAGUAACGUAUGUGCCUGAUCGUGACGCUAUCAUUUGGUCCAUCAAGCAGUUCAACGGUUCACGCGAGUAUUUAAUGCGCGCACACUUUGGUCUACCUAGUGUGGACAACCACGAGUCGACCGAUGACUGGAAGGCGCCAAUCCAGGUCAAGUUUGAGAUUCCCUACUUUACAGUCUCGGGCAUCCAGGUGCGCUACCUCAAGAUCAUUGAAAAGAGUGGCUACCAGGCAUUGCCAUGGGUCCGCUAUAUUACUCAAAACGGGGAUUACCAGCUACGCAUGUCUUAG